AGAUGAGCGCUGAAUCGAACGUGCACAGGCAAUGUCAGUCGUUAGGUGGGUCGCGAAGUUGUUAGCUAAGCCGGGCGUGUAACACCCGGUCGCGCGUUGGUUACACGAUUAGCUAACAUGUACUAUAGUAGUUAAUGUAACAAGUAAUUACCAAGUAGUGAGAAACAGGAUCCAUUCGUAACAUAAGCUAGUGUUGUGCUAUCUGUUGUAGUGUAGAUCGGCGUGAAGUUCUCAUUGAAUUUUCGACAAAAUAAAAACAGCGAAAAACGAUCCAUGCCUUGCGUACUAUAAUUAGUUAUUUUUAUAUAAUACAUUACUUUAUGCUUACAUAGAUUCCUCAACAGAUUAAAAAAAGACAAUGUCCCGAAGGAGACUGUUAAUUGGGAGCGCGGCGGGAGCCGCGGGGGCUGUGAUGGCUGCCUGGGCCCUCGCUGCCGACGACUCGCUUCCACAAUGGUACCAACCGCCAAAGGUGUCAGCGAAGACAGAGCGCAAGAAGCGCCCUCUGCCAUCACGGACGGAACAAGUGAACAUGCUGCAGGCCGGACACACAUACGACGUGCUCAUCAUCGGCGGCGGAGCAACAGGAGCCGGCUGUGCUCUCGACGCAACCACCAGAGGUCUCCGUACAGCUUUAGUGGAAGCGGAUGACUUUGCAAGUGGUACAUCCAGUCGUAGUACUAAAUUGAUUCACGGCGGCGUUCGUUACCUACAAAAAGCCAUUAUGCAACUUGAUUACGAUCAAUAUAAAAUGGUGAAAGAGGCGUUACAUGAAAGAGCGAAUAUGCUGGAGGUAGCUCCCCACCUAACUCGACCGUUGCCUAUUCUACUACCUGUAUACAAGUGGUGGCAAGUCCCCUACUAUUGGUUCGGUAUUAAGAUGUACGACUUAGUAGCGGGCGACAGAAACGUGAAGAGCUCAUACUACCUCUCGAAGAAGAAUACUCUCGAAUUGUUCCCUAUGUUAAAGUCGGAUAAUCUUUGCGGAGGCAUUGUCUACUACGAUGGUCAGCAAGACGAUGCCCGUAUGAACUUGGCGAUCGCACUGACGGCAGCGCGACAUGGCGCGACUAUUGCCAACCACGUCAGCGUCAUCAAGUUACAUAAAACUGCCGGAAAGCUCAGUGGAGCUAGAGUUAGGGACGAGAUGACGGGUAAGGAGUGGGACAUAAAAGCGAAAUGUAUCAUCAACGCGACCGGUCCAUUCACGGACACCAUCAGGAAAAUGGACGACGAAACAGUGAAAGAGAUCUGCUGCCCGUCCUCGGGCGUUCACAUCGUGCUGCCCGGUUAUUACAGUCCGGAGCACAUGGGUCUACUGGAUCCAGCGACGUCGGACGGGCGUGUGAUCUUCUUCCUGCCGUGGCUGAAGGGCACCAUCGCGGGCACCACCGACCUGCCAUGCCAGGUCACACACAGCCCCAAGCCCACCGAGGACGAGAUCCUCUUCAUCCUCACCGAAGUCAAAAACUACCUCAAUCCUGACGUUGAAGUGCGUCGCGGCGACGUGCUGUCGGCGUGGUCGGGCAUCCGGCCGCUGGUGUCGGACCCCAACAAGCCGGACACGCAGUCGCUGGCGCGCAACCACAUCGUGCACGUGUCGCCCGCCGGCCUCGUCACCAUCGCCGGCGGCAAGUGGACCACGUACCGCGCCAUGGCCGCAGAGACCAUUGACGCUGCUAUCGAAAGUGCAAACUUGAAGCCACUGUAUAAGGAAUGCCAAACUGACGGGUUCCUUAUAGAGGGAGCACAUGGAUGGACGCCCACAAUGUACAUCAGAUUAGUGCAAGAUUUUGGUCUAGAAAUGGAGGUUGCCCAACACUUGGCAAAGUCCUACGGUGACAGAGCUUUCGCAGUAGCAAAGAUGGCAUCUAUGACUGGCAAGAGAUGGCCUAUCAUCGGCAAAAAAGUCCACCCUGAAUUUCCAUAUAUAGACGCUGAAAUCAGAUACGGCGUGCGUGAAUACGCGUGUACUGCUGUGGACAUGAUCGCGCGACGGCUGCGGCUCGCCUUCCUCAACGUGCAAGCGGCAGUCGAGGCACUGCCCGCCAUCACCGACAUCAUGGCCGAGGAGCUCAAGUGGAGCGACGCCGAGAAGAACCGACAAAUUAAAAUAGCGAGCGAAUUUCUUGCCAACGAGAUGGGACAAAUGGUGAACCGUGCCAGUCGCGACAAGAUUCCAAUCAAUCUCAGCAAGGAGGAGAUCCAGACCUACAUCAAACGCUUCCAGAUCAUCGACAAGGAUAGGAAGGGCUUCGUUUCCAUUAAUGACAUUAGGAGGAGUCUCAAGAACUACGGCGAGGACGUGACCGGGGAGCAGUUGCACGAAAUAUUGCGAGAGAUCGACACUAACAUGAACGGCCAGGUCGAACUUGACGAAUAUCUGCAGAUGAUGUCAGCAAUUAAGUCUGGUCACGUGGCAUAUUCGAGAUUCGCGCGCAUGGCUGAGAUGGAAGAAGAACACCACGAAAAGGAAUCGCUCAAGAAAAAGAUCACGGUAGAAAGGAGUGGAGGAGGCUUGUAAACGACGUAAUGCAAACAAUUCAGAAUGCUACUCAACAAUGUAUAGAUAACGUAAGCCUAAUUGAUUAAUUUAGUGUAUGAACAUUAUUUAUGAAACGUAGAGUAAAAUUCGUCGUCUCAUUCUAUUUAUUAUUACAUAGAUAUGUACCUCAUUCGUCCACUAAUUAUUGUAUAUUAUGUCGUCACCAUUUAGAGUAUAACCUGUUCUUUAAUUAAAAUACACCCUAUAGUAACUGAAAAACUAUUGCAUAAUUUUUAAUUUUAUGAAUAAUGGUACCUAAUAUGAACCUUAAUAAUUCACAAAUACAUACUUACUACAGUAGAAGUGGAACCCUUUGUAACUGUUGUUUGUACCUAUAUAUAGUUAUUUAAUUUUAUUAAUUUAUUACGUAAAAUGUUAAGCAAAACUAGGACGAUUUUGUGAUAAUAUUGCAAUUUAUGAAAUUGAAAUACUUAAAGAAAUUUAAUGAAUUCGGUUUUCUAAAUAAAUCACAAUAUUUCUUUAUUAUUUGUUUUCAAUACAUUAUGUAUUACUUUUUGUACUUAUUAAGGAACAAUUUUCAGAUAAUUAUACGCUUGGCGUAAGUAUGAUUACUUGAAUUUCAAUUUGACUUUCAGAAUAAUUAUAUACGUGUUCAUUGUGCAAUAAAUUUUUUGAAUCUU